AUGGCGCUAGUCCGAAAGAAGAAGUCUAGAAGUGGUCAUAGGUCGUCUGCUACCAGGACUAUGAACGCCGCUUUUGAUAUAAUAAGGGCAGGCAAAUUCGAGGCAGCUGACAUGGCCAAGCUAGCUUACUACGAAACUACGAUAAGGGCUAAGGUCGACACGCUACUCAAGCUGGACGAGGAGAUUAGAGAUGCAACCCCAGAAGACGAGCUAGAGGCUGAAAUAGAGCAAGCGGACCUCUUUAUAGAGGAGAUCAAAUUAAAUUUAAUAGAAUUAGAAGGCGCCAUUAAUAAUGCUAAAACCACACCUUCCGCGGGUGGUGCGGCCGGAGGCGCGCCCACGACGCCCCCACGAUUGACGCCUCCUACGAGAUCUCCACCGCCAUCUAGUACUAGUAGCGUUGCAGCCGAACCUCCUCCCCCUGAUUCAUGGAUUCCAGCUACUGGAGUGAAGCUACCAAAGCUGACAUUGAAGCACUUUCGUGGAGAUCCAACGACUUGGUCUACCUUUUGGGACUCAUUCGAAGUUGCAGUGCAUGAGAACUCUGGGUUAUCUAAUGUUGACAAGUUCAACUAUCUAGUCUCAUUGUUAGAUCCUCCAGCUUCAAGUGCAAUAGCAGGCCUCAAGAUUACUGCUGCUAAUUAUCCCGAAGCAGUAGCACUAUUAAAGAAGAG